AUGCCGCCUCACGCGCGUGGGAUCAAAGGCGUCAGCAGCAGGAGGUAUGACAACAAGAUCCACAAUGAAGAGGAACAGAUUGAAGAGAAGAUUCAUGCAGUUAACGACAAAUUACAACAAAAGAUGGAUAAUGUGUCCCUUGUUACAGUGUUUACUCUUUCAGGGUUAGAAGAGACCAUGGACUACAGAGCCACACUCUUCUCUCUCACUCUACUGUGUUACUGUGUGAUUAUUCUGGUCAAUGUUGCUCUGGUGGUCACCAUCAUCUUGGAUGACAACUUGCAUAAACCCAUGUAUAUCUUUCUUUGCAAUUUGUGCAUCAAUGGACUUAUUGGUACAACAGGUUUCUAUCCCAAGUUCCUGCUGGACCUGCUGUCUCCUCAUCAUGUCAUCUCCUAUGCAGGGUGCCUGGUUCAGGCUUUUGUAAUAUAUUCUUCUGCCAACUAUGAUUUUUCUAUUUUGGCAGUGAUGGCAUACGACAGGUAUGUAGCAAUAUGUAAACCAUUGGAAUAUCACUCUGUUAUGACUUAUAAGAGGGUUGCUCAGUUGGUGUCUUUUUCCUGGGUGUCCCCCUUAUGUUGUUUCACUAUGCUAUCAUUACUGGCAUCCAGACAGAGAUUAUGUGGGUCCCACAUAGAAAAACUAUACUGUGAGAACUGGUCUGUUGUUAAACUUUCUUGCUCUUCAAUCACAGUAAACAAUAUAGCUGGAUAUGCUGUCAUAAUAUUCUUUUUUGGACAUGUAACUUUCAUUGUAUGUUCAUAUGUGUGCCUGGUCAGAACAUGUUUGGGAUCCAUAGAGAACAGGGGUAAGUUUAGGCAGACCUGUGUACCACAUUUACUGUCAUUAUUAAACAUCACAAUCGCUUUGCUUUUUGACGUAAUGUAUACACGAUAUGGUUCAAGAGAUUUGCCACAAAGCCUUAAGAAUUUCAUGGCCAUAGAGUUUUUAAUAGUGCCUCCAAUUCUAAACCCUGUUAUUUAUGGUCUUAAACUGGUUCAAAUUAGAACCAGGAUAUUACGUUUGUGCACAAAAAAUGACAGGAUGAAAGGUUAA